AUGCUCAGUCGCAGCGGGCUCCGCGCGCGUCUUACCUCGUUAGGACGAGCCAGACUGCAGCGUAGCCUGACUACAAACGCACCCUUCGACCGCACUGUAAGAGGAGAUCCUGAAUGGGCAACCAAGACGGUGCCAAUCCGCGAGCUGCUAGACCGACUCCGCGCGCAGGAAAUGUGUCGCAAGAUGCGCAACGACGACAAGUGGGAAUAUUUCCAGGAGGCGUACGACAUGCUCGCUUUGCUUCAACCAGGCGAGCCCGAUGUCUCACUCGGAGAGAUAGACCAGAUGCUACCCCGAGGCAACCCUGCAGCAUGGGCCGUGAUUGACAGCAUCUCAAAGGGAAGACCGGACCCCUAUAUCCAACAGAGAACUGAGGUUGAUCUGGCAGCAUCCCAAUUCCUGCGCAUUCACAGCAUCGGAAGGAUACAGGCUGCCCGUCUGGCGGAUGCUGGGUUACGAACACUUGAUGAUUUGGCCGCGUGGCCCAAGAUUACAAAGAGCCAGAUGCUGUCGCUCAACCGCUUACCCGCCAUGGACAACAUGAUCCCCAGACAUGAGAUGAACUCAUUCAAGGCCCGACUUGAGGAAAUAUGUGACCCAAGACAAAUUAGCGAAGCCCCAGACCUCACUUUUGAGAUUGUGGGGCCAUAUCGAUGUGGUCUGGAGUACUCACCGAGCAUUAACGUCCUGGUGUACAGCGACGCGUAUGUGGAGUUGGGCACCAAAACAGACAUUCUCGACUACGUAUAUCAUCGGGUCAUGAGCAAUGGACUGAUCCCGAAGGACGAGAUGCUGUCUGUCGCCAAGAAAUCAGAUCGGCGACACAUCCUGGGCUACACGAGAGCGAACCACCAGAGCCCGUGGCGAUUCAUGAGUCUUAAGCUGGUGCCGCGAAACCAGCUGCCCCUAACUCUUGUCCAAGAAACUGGUGAUGGGUUCUUGUGGCGAAUGCUGAGAGGCCAGGCGAAGCGGAAGGGGUACCGAUUCUAUCGGAACUAUGUGGAAUGGGCACCGAGAUCUCCCAGAAUGAAGAAAGUCGGCGUCAAGCAGGUGGUUGAUCGGCCACCACAACCGCAGACGGAGAAGGAAGUGUUCGAUCUGGCUGAAGUCCCUUAUCUCGAGCCGCACCAGCGCACGUAUCGAGUGUACAGGGACAUUUUGCCUACCAAAAUCUUGGAGGAACGGUCCGCGCCUUGGAGCGACGAGUUCCUCAAGGCGGGGGUUCGAGAGUAG